AUGCCUGCUGUGGCCGGGCUGCAGCCGAGCCAGGGCCUGCUGGUGGCUCCUCGGGAAGGAGGUGGACCCAGGCUGCCCAUGAUGGGAGGAGCCUUCAUGGACUCGCCCAACGAGGACUUCAGCACCGAGUACUCGCUCUUCAACUCCUCCACCAACAUCCACGCGGCCUCCGGCGGCCAGGGCCCGCCCGAGGAGCCCCCGCGCUCCUCCAACGACGCCGUCCUGCUGUGGAUCGCCAUCAUAGCGACGCUGGGCAACAUCGUGGUGGUGGGGGUGGUGUACGCCUUCACCUUCUGA